UCAUUUCUUGAUUCAUUUCUAAGAGCCAGACAUCCAGCACGCCUCCCAUAGCUGCUUCCUGUAAUGUUAUUGUCCAGAAGAACUUAGGCAGAGGAAAUGAGUCUCGCUUGGGUUGUUGUCUUGUUUAGUUGUCUGGUCAGACAGGUACAGUAUCUGUAAGCAGGCCCUGACUCGUCCCUCUCUGUUGUUUUCUGCCUCACAUUUCCAUCCAUGCAUCUCCACAUUCCUGUUCUAUCUUUGCUCUGUCCUUCCUCCUGCUGCUGCCAUUUUUCCAUCCCCACUUGCAACUGAAAAUCUGUGGAAUCUCAGACUGGAUAUGCCUGCGGGGCCCAAAGGUAAUGACAGGGGUACCGUAAGCGGCACCUGCUCAAGUGUUGGACUGAUCUGCCUAUAGCUUUGAUGGGGUUAUCCCGUCCUUUCAUUUUUCAGCUGAUUUUCUUCAAAUUGCACUCGGCGGGGCCCCACAAAACAUUACAUUCUUGCUCUGGAAUGCCUCUAAUAGCGUGCCAAUCGCUACAUUGUGCAUCUCUGGUUGGCAAGGUGCUUUAUUAGCUGGGAUUCCUGUGUGCCCACCUAUCGGUGCCAGCUUUAAGAAGAUACCUCCUUCACUCCCCUCAGCUCGGCGGCCUACAUCGCAUGGCGAAGAAAGGAGUCACUCUCUCCCGGCUAAGGAGCAGAGAACAAUGUCCUCUCUUUUCUCCACCCCUCAGAUGCAAGCGACUCCAGUUUGAGUUAUGUAACUUGAUACGUUGCAGAACCCAUCCACUAACCCAGCCUCAAGAAGGGGGACUUACACUCAGACUAUUGUCCAGACGGUCCACGCUGAGACAACCCCCACAUGUUCUCAUUUUCCAUUCCUUCCUCAUCUGCACUCUCUCAUUUUUUCCAACCCUCAUCCCUCUUUCUCUGUGUUCCUGCUGUCUGCCUUUUGACCUAAUUCUGAUCCCUCAUUAUUGUCUUAUUAUCCGUGAGCAAACAAGGCAGAUUGUAUUAUUGGUAUUUGUCCAGUGAAGCUGGCUCUCGUAUGUCAAUGCAGGCUCUGGAUUGACCACCUCAAAGCUGGUUCACAUGCGGGGCUUUUGUUUGUGUAACUGGGAGAACAAGUCCAACCACACCGGCCCCUGAGAGGGCUGAAAGAGCACAAAGAGAUGAGCAGGUGAGGAGGGGAAGAGGAGGAAAGGGGAUAGGGUGUAGAGUGGGCAGGAAAGUACCAGGUUCUCUCAGGGGAGUCGAAACUGGCGUAUAGCUGCUGCAGAGGUCGACCUAAAUAUUUCUCCCUGUUUCAGACAGCUUAAGAUCAACUUCGUCUUCUAUUUAGAUCAGUGCAAAGUCAUCUUGUCGUGGCCUGCAGGUCAGCUGUUACGACCGGGCAGCUCCCUCCCAUCCGCACCUCCCAACCAGCAUCACAGACUGAGAAACAGGAAGUCAUAAUCAUGGUGUGAUAAUCAGCAGCGCGGGCAUGAGACAGAAAGAGAGAGAAAUAGAGUGAGCAUGGGAUCAGGAGCAGAGAAGUGAAGCUUCAGGUGGACAAACAGACAGAGCACCUUACCCCCCCACAGAGCCCUGUAACCAAUGGCAACCUCUGUCCAAACUCUUCCUUUGACCCGCGGCCCCAACAAGAACUUCCGUAACCCGUUGCCCGUCUCGUCCCGUUGCGGCAUGGGAAGUGUAGGCAGCCUGGUGGAGAGGCCAGAUGUGUCUCCGACUAAAGGCAGCCGUGCAGUGCCCCAGGUGAGACCCAAACAGACCAACGGCCUCCUGAAGAAAGGCUUCACCCAAAGGGAGCUCCUCAACUACCUCAACAUCACCAGAAAAGAGCCCAAAGCGAGCGACGGUAAGAAGGACGUUAUCUCUGGCCUCAGCUCUGCCGGUGGCCGUGAGGAGGACGGCUUAUACGCCAAGGUCUACCAUAAAGACGGCACCGAAGUAGAUCUGACAAAGAACUCACUGCCAAGUGGGGGAAAGUAUGAAAAGGCUCGAUUAAGGUCUGCCUUCAAGCCUGUCACCCCCAAAAAUUUCAGCUCCAUGCAAAACCUCUAUCCAGCUUCCAAGUCGGAGGAUGUGGACCAUGGCCUUUCCAACGGGCUGCACAGAGCCUACGCCCAUGUGCCCAAAGCCGUCUCCACCUCUUCCUCCUCUUCCUCACCGUCCCGUCAUGGCGGACCGACAUCCAGUGGUAACAAGGCCCUCUCCUCGGUGCGUGGGACGAGCCAGGAGGAUGAUAACCUGUCAGACUCAGGCCAUAACUCCAUGAGCAGCCUGCCACCGUACCGGCCUCCCUUCCGCCCACACCUGUCUCACAUCAGUGCAUCUAUGGGCCAGAUCAACACCAUCGGCUCCCUGGACCGUACUUCUCUGGCCCAGAAGGCUGUAGGGCCAGGGGGCGUGGCCACAGGAGAUAUGGCAUGUCGGAGCAUGGCAACCCUGAGCCGUCUGGCUCCAUAUGGAGGGGAGGCUCCACCUCCUUAUGAAUGGACACUCUCCCUGUCUGUUGAGGAAGUGGUCCGGGAUCUGGAGGAGCGCCUGGUGGAGAAAGAACAUGAGCUGAAACAGAUGAGGAGAAACCUGGAUGAGAGUGAGGGUGCCAUUGCUCAGGUGUUCGAAGGGAAACAGCGUCUGUGGGAGAAGGAGGUGGAGGAGCUGAAACGCCUGUAUGCCGCCAAGCUGCGUCAGGUUUCCCAGCAUGCCCAGCGUUCCCAGCGCAGCCUGCAGCUGCAGCUGUUCAAGGCCCAGCAGGAGAAGAGCCGACUGCAAGAGGAGCUCGACAGCCUGAAUAGGGAAAAGAGUCAGGAGGACGGAGCCAUGGCGAAGCGGACCAGUCCCACUCUGGAGGAGACGCAGUGGAAGGUUUGCCAGAAAUCAGGGGAGAUCUCCUUGUUGAAGCAGCAGCUGAGGGACUCCCAGGCGGAGGUGACCCAGAAGCUGAGUGAGCUCUUCCAGCUGAAGACGCAGCUCAGGGAGACCCGCACAGAUCUGCGCAACAGGGAGGGCCAGAUAGAUGCUUUAAAGCUAGUUGUGCAGGGGACACAGCGCCGUAGAUGCCCCUCUCAGACUGCACACGAGGAUGGAAAAGGAGCUGAAGAGAGUCCUCCAGCUGGGGCAACAGGAGGUUGCGGGGGCCCAACAGAGGAGCGUCUGCGCGCAGAGCUCCUGCUGGAGCGACGCCAGAGCGAGGCCCAGGACAUGGCUUUCGAGGAAGAGAGGCAGACGUGGCAGACGGAGAAGGACAAGGUCAUCCGCUACCAGAAGGAGCUGCAGGCCAGCUACUUAGAGAUGUACCACCGCAAUGAAGCGCUGGAGAGGGAACUGCACCAGCUGAGGGCGGGCAGAGAGCAAGGAGGAGGAGAGGGAGGAGGAGCAGGGAGCAGAAAUGGGACAUUGGAAACAGAAGUGCCAGAGCUGAGGAGUGAGAAAGCGGGCGAGAAACAAGACGACAGACCUUCUUCUGGUUUGCCGUGGAUAGACAGAAUUGAAUCAUCUGAAAUUUGAAUGUGACCGACUUACUGGUAUUUGCAAUGCAAAGUGUUUUCACUCUGAACUAUGGUUUCUACUGAAGCCCGUGUCAACUGGAGAAGGAAAAAAACUAGACUUACCACGUUAAAAUGAUGAGAUAGUCAAAAUGACUCCAUUGUGACCCAAGUCAGAUUUAUGAAGGAUAUCAAUUAAGAAAUUGUGAAUAAAUGAUGAAAGAAAUCAGAAUGCUUUCUUACACAAAAUAAUAAUAGUCCUUAGUCAAGAUUUUGAUCUGCUGCGUGAACAUGAUCAGAUACUAAGUUAAAACUCUGGCAAGUGUUUUUAUUUUCGUCAUUUUUCAUCUACUUUUCUUCUUCUCCUGGAGAACAUGGGCAUCCAUAGAUUCCUAACCGUUUGCAAUUCCCUUGUUGAUUGUUAAAUGCCCUGAUCCUGCAAAGACUGGACCAAUAAGAUCCUACAGAACACACUACUGCUGAGGGGAGCUGCACAGAGGGACCGUCUGUGCCUCAUCUGUCCUUGGCAACCAAACUGUCGCGCUUACCAAUUAGGAACUUGUAAAUGAGCAAAUUGAUAUCUUGAUUGUUACUAUUUUGUGUUAUAUUUUGGUAGUUACUUUUUGGAUUGGACUGCUGUAUAGUCUUCUUGACGGUAACCAAAGGAUUCAAGGGGGUUUAGUGUGGCCCAGUGACAUCUCAGCACCUGUUUAGUCUGUGCAGAAGGUUCUGUGCAUCUCUGGGUUAAGUAUCAAGGAUUAAAGCGAACUGGUGCCACGGUACUAAUGCUGUGUCUUUGCCAUCAAGAAAACUGUGUACCAUACUUAUAACAACUGGUUCUUUCUCAUUCAGUUUCCAGCUCCUGUCAGGUGAGAUCUAUAUACUUUGUGCAUAAUGUCAUUUUGAUUUGAUUGGCCUUUAGUCGUACUUCAAGCACACUGUUGUCUUAAUGGGCAUAUUUCCACUUCUUUUGAUUGCAAUGAAAGCGAUCAACAGACAGGGAUCCUGAACAUAACUGCCCUGCUUAUUGGUGCACAUAUCCAGCCAAUUACAACUCAAUGCAUGGCAUGGGUGAAGUUGUUCUCUUGUAUUGUUUGUUUUUAAUAUGUGAACAUUCAAACGCCAGCUCUCAACCGACCCUUCAACAUACUGUGACUCUUGUCUAUUUACUGGAAUUUAAACUGUACAGUAUAGAUAUACAUAUAUAUAUAUAUGUCUGUUUUGGAUUCAUAAUAAACGUUUAUGAAGUGGUGUGAAA